AUGAAAUUUGUAGGAGCCUAUGAUGAGGCUUUGGAUGGGCCUUUUUACACGCACCUUGGUACUGCUCCAUCAAUUGCACACAUCAGGAGGAUCAUGAUUGACAGGUUGAUGAUUAAAGAUAAUGAACUUCGCAUAGAAAAAGUGAUUUACACUGGCAAAGAAGGCAAAAGUCUUCAGGGUUGUCCGGUUGCAAAAUGGAUAUUACGCAGAUCAGGUCCCGAAGAAAAGGCGUUGGUAAUUGUUCGUUCAAUAAAACAUCACUACUGCAAGAAUUCGGUGAUAAUCAUUGGCAUUUGUUUAUGGGAUGGAUUGCCUGAAGAGCAUGCCACUCAACUGUAUGAUUACUUGAGAAUGACUCUGCCCAAAUGUGCUGAAGCCACUGAGAGGAGGUGUGCCACUAACGAAAAGAGGACAUGUGCGUGUCAGGGAUGGAAUGAAGAGACAGGUGGAGCAUCCUUCAGCUUUGGUUGUUCGUGGAGCAUGUAUUAUAAUGGAUGUAAAUUUGCCAGAAGUGCGUCACCGAGAAAAUUUCAUCUCAAGAACAACAACAUUGAAGAGGAGUUGGUGUUGGAGCAUCACCUGCAAACACUGGCAACCGUUGUAGCUCCCAUCUACAAAAAAGUGGCUCCUCUAUCUUUUGAGAAUCAGGCAUGUCGUUCUUAUCACUAUUACAAUUUUACAGACGAGGCAUCUGGGUGUCGGCUCGGUUACAAACCAGGCAGGCCAUGGUCUGGUGUCACUGCUGUUGUCGACUUCUGUACUCACUCACACAAAGAUUUCAAUAAUAUGAACAAUGGAUGCACUACUGUUUUAACACUGACGAAGCACAGAGGCUCGGGCAAGCCUUGCGAUGAACAGUUGCACGUGUUACCUCUUUGUGUACUUGAUGAGACGGAUGAACAUGGAAGUAGGGAUGGUGUAGUAAAAAGGAUGAAAUCAGGCUCCAUUGAAUGUCUCACGUCUUAUCCA